ACGUGCCGGGUAAAAAGCUAGUGUGAAUUAUGAUAGGUUCAAAAUCAACGAUGUUAUAUUUGGCUAGAUUCCAUAAGUUGAGGUUGUUUUACAAGAUAAAUUUCAAAUCCAUUCAUUAUUGAACAUAAGAAGUCAUGUAUUGAAGAUUAAGAUACUUGAUUAUACGUAGGAUAGCUCCACCAGUGAAUUACAAAAGCUUAAAAUAAUGAUCACCCUCGCUACUAUUAUAUUCUGGCCGGAAAGUGGAAACUUUGACUAGCUACCACUGGUCACCUAUAUUUCUUUCCAUCCUCCGCGUCUCACUAGACUUAUUUAGGACACCGGGCAGUUCCUUUGUCUCGCCAGACUCCUGAUCCUCGCCUUCGUGUCUUGAUCCAAGUCCCCGUACACCCUGAACUCGUUCUUAACUCCUGGGUACAUCCUCCUAAGUUCCACCAUUGCAUCCACGUCCUUCUCAUUCACUAGGACGAUGGUCUGAUUCUACAGGCAUUUUUCGGCGGCAAACUUGACUCUUCGCUCGGCGUCGCUGCGGUCCCUGCCCGUCGGGGUCCAGAUUGUAUAACAACACUCUUUUUGUUGUUAUAAUAACAAUAUGAUUCGUUAAGGGUAAAAGGGUAAAUUAACAAUAAAAAUAAUAAAUAAAAAUUAACCCUAAGUAUUUUCUUCGCACUAAAAUCAAAAUCUCCGCCGCCGCCGGCGCACGAUGGCCUCUCGCUCCGUCCUCCUCCGACUGAGAUCGCAGCUCCUCCGCUCCACGAAAAUUACGUCCGCUGCCGGUUCCUCUUCCUCCUGCACAAGCAUCUUCUUCUCCUCCACUCGCCAGAUCGCCUCCGCCGCCAGAUCGGAACGGUUGAUUCUCUCAUCGAUUUCAGAUCUCCGCGCAGUUUACAACGAUUCCGCCUCGAUCUCAGCUCCCCGGCUCUUAUCGACGACGCAGCGCCACCCGGCGCGGCCGAAGACCGUGGACAUCGGAGCCCGAGCUCGCCAGAUGCAGACCAGGCGGCUGUGGGCCUACGCGCUCGCGUUCAGCUGCUUGGCCGGGUUCAUCGUCAUCGUCCUGAACAAUUUCCAGGACCAGAUGGUGUUCUACGUGACUCCGACCGACGCGAUGGAGCAGAACAAGGCGAAUCCGAGGAAGACGAAGUUCAUAUUGGGUGGAUUGGUCCUUGAAGGGAGCGUGGUCCAGCCGGCGUCGUCGCCGGAGAUGGAGUUCGUGGUCACGGAUUUGAUUACGGAUAUUCUGGUGAGGUAUAAAGGGGGUUUGCCGGAUUUGUUCAGGGAAGGUCAUUCGGUGGUGGUGGAAGGAUUCGUGAGGCCGAUUACGGAGGAGUUGAGGAAGGAAUCGGGAAGCAAGAGUGUUUCUGAGAAGGCCAGGGGUAUAGAUGUUUACUUCUCGGCGACGGAGGUUUUGGCCAAGCACGACGAGAAGUAUAUGCCUGGGGAAGUUGCUGCUGCGAUUGAGAAGAACAAGAAGAAGCUGGAAGAAGAUAAAGAAGAAGGAUCAGCAGCAUUGGCAGUAGCAGAUGAGAAGAAGUGACGAAUUGGGUUUGUCUUUCCAAAUUCUGAUUCAUUGACUAUAGAUUAUCAUCAAUGUUAGAGUUCCAUUAUUCAAGCCAGAUGAGUUGAAUUUUUGUUGGUGUAGCUUAUAUACUUGAACUAGGGAAUACUUAUUGAUUCUUAUGGAGCAGCUCCAUAGCCAUAGUUUACUUCAAUUGUUGUGUUGUUACUGCAAGUUGAUUUGAGCAUUGAUACUUCAAUUUUGUGAGUUGAAAUUGAAUAAUUAUUUUUCAUUAGAAAACUGUUGUGAUUGAAUUUAGAUAAAUAGAAGGAAACACAAUGAAUGGGUCACUUUGAU